GCGAGGACCACUCACAGCGGCCGCGCACUCUCAACUCUCUCUCGACACUGCGCACGCAACAGAACAGGGAGACAAAGCUAUAUCCCCUGCCCCACGAGCCAGCUCAGCAGGGCUUGCCAUCUAGCCUAGAUUCAUAGCCUCAACACCUGCAUGAAUCGGAGAUUGACGACGUCGUAUCCUUUACUGGACCCAAGACGCCCACUUCACCCCCUUCCUUGAGCAUUGACUCAAGGUGAACACAACUCAUACCCCUUCACGAGAAAGGGACGGCUCGAAACCCUUGCUCAGGAUCCAGGCCCCAUCCAUAGCUUCCACGUACCGCUUCGAUCUCGCAUUCUAGGCCAAACCCCAGCGCUUGGACGACGGCGUCCGCAUUUUUGACUCCUACACCCAUCCUUGAAGCCGACAACAUCAGACACGAUGAGUGGCCGACCCCCGCGGUCCGCGAGCAUCCCUAUCCCGAGGACCGCCUCAGCAUCAUCCUCCGCGCGCAACAUCGAGUCUGUCAUCUCCAUCCCCUUCACGACCUCCGCACGCACGCGCACGACGUCCGCGCACCACGAGCACAGAAGCAGCGGUACCCCGCGCCCAAGCAGCAGCUACACUACUGACCCAGCCCCUGCACGCCAUGUCUCGAGCUCGCUCCCUGCCCGAUCGAGCGCCCGCGCCGCCCCCUUUGAGCCCCGCAUUAUCCGCGCAGACUCCUCGGUGUGCGCUACCUCCCCGCCCGCGAACCCCUACAGCACCUCCGCCAUGCGCCGCACGAGCUCGUCCUCCGUGCGCCCGGCCCCUAGCAUUCACCGCCACAAUUCCACGGGCCCGGCGCCUGCUGCUGGCCCCUCUGCCCCCGUGAAUUUCCCGCGCCCCGCCUACCUCGACGCCUCGAUGCUCCGCGACAGGCUGCAGACGGAGCAGUACACGGCGCUGCCGCCCCGGCGCACUACGAGUGUCGCUGACCCGCGGGCUCACGUGCGCGGGUACGGUGCGAUGUCGCCGUUCUUCGACAGCGACGACGACGAGAGCACGGCGAGCGGGUACACUGGGCGUCCUGCUGCCAAGGCGCCGUCGCCCCCCGCGAUCGCCGCGGACGAGGUGCUAAAGCUGCCCUCCCGCUGGAGCGAGCAAAUGCGGCACCCGCUGCUCUCGGUCUCGCCGGACGGGCGCGAGCUUUCAUACGAGGGCAUCUCGUGCAGCGGGGACCGCGACGCUGCUGCUGCGCGCACGAACGUGCCCAUCCCUCCCGCGUGCGGGAUCUACUACUAUGAGGUGACCAUCAUCUCGAAGGGCCAGAAGGGCCACAUCAGCAUCGGAUUCGCAGGGAAGGACGUGAAGCUGGCGCGCCUGCCUGGCUGGGAGCCGCACUCGUAUGGGUAUCACGGGGACGACGGACUGUCCUUCGCGGCGCAGAAGGACGGCACGCCGUACGGUCCUGUGUUCGGGACCGGGGAUGUCAUCGGGUGCGGGAUUGACUUCACGAUGAACCGCGCUUUCUACACGAAGAAUGGGGCAUUCAUUGGCCACGUCUUUGACAAUGUAGGGAAGACAUUCCCGCUCUAUCCCUCCGUUGGCCUGCGUCACGCUGGGGAGAUGGUCCGUGUCAACUUUGGGCACGAGCCCUUUCGCUUCGAGAUCGAGCACCAUGUGCUCCAGCAGAAGGCGACGGUGUGGAAUCGCAUCCUCGAGACGCCCGUGGACGUUAACGCGCUGGCGCGCGGGAUCAAGCAGGAGGCCGAGGAGCCUGGCCCUGCGUCAGAGCGUGACGUCUCUGGCGCGCUGCACCAGCUUGUUAUGUCGUACCUCGCGCAUCAUGGUUAUACGCGCACGGCGCGGGCGCUGCGGCAGCAGGCGGCGACGCGGUCUUCGGCGAAGGCGGACACGGACAUGGACGCGGACGCGGACGAUGCGGAUGUCGUGCGGCGCACAGGGAUCGUCAAGGCCGUCAACGAGGGCGACAUCGAGCGGGCGAUCGAACAGACGCGCGCACACUACCCAGGCGUGCUUGACGCGGACGAUGGCAUCAUGCUGUUCAAGCUGCGCUGCCGCCGGUUCGUGGAGAUGAUUCUCGAGGCCGCGGAAGAGAAGAAGCGGGCUGUGGCCGAGGGCGCUGUUGACGGCGCGGUUGGCUCGUUCGACACGCUCGACGAUGAUGACGAGGAGGACGACUCGAUGGACAUCGACGAGGGCGCGACAGCCCUGAAUGGCGGAAGCAGCAGCGAGUCGACCAUGAGCGCGCACGAACGCGCGCUGCAGGCCGCUCUGCUGUAUGGCCGUGCCUUGUGGAAUGACUACAAGCGUGACCCGCGGCCGGAGGUGCGGGCGCUGUCGGAGCGCACGUUCGGCAUCGUCGCCUUCGACGACCCGCUUGAGGCGGGCGGCAUCGCCGCGGAGGUCGCUGGGCAUGCGGCUCGCACGGAACUGGGUAACGAGCUGAACCAGGCGAUUUUGAAAUCGCAAGGCUCGCCCGCCCACCCCCCGCUCGAGAUGCUUUUUCGGCAGGUGUCCGCCUGCGUGCAGGAACUCGGGCUGCUUGGCGUCGGCGAAGCCGCCUUCGCUGACGUGCCCGGCGAAUUCCUGGAUGCGUAGGCCAUGCUAUUAUUAUGGGAUAAGUGUACGCUCAGGGUGCUGCUACGGAUGUGUUGAGGAUUUGCUGCUGCUGCUUCUGUUACUCUUUUUGCUAGUCUCUGCUGUACAACAAUGCGAAUGUAAAGUAUGCUGUGUAUUAUUGACUUCGCUAUCGCUGCCAAUAAAGGAUAUUCCCCCGCUU